CUUGUCAAAAAAGCUUGCUUCGAAUUUCUCGUUGUCAUCUUCGUUUCGUUCGCAAUCGCAUUACGGUGUUGAAGGUUUUGUCAUUAAAUCACUAUUAUUUUUGUUAUUACUUAAAAUGUCGGCUAGAUACGACCGGGCUAUUACUGUAUUUUCGCCGGACGGCCAUCUAUUACAAGUAGAAUAUGCGCAGGAAGCUGUACGCAAGGGAUCUACUGCAGUUGGUGUUAGAGGUACCGAUGUAGUAGUCCUGGGUGUUGAAAAGAAAUCUGUUGCGAAACUGCAAGAAGAAAGGACUGUAAGAAAAAUAUGUCUACUUGAUGAUCAUGUUGUCAUGGCUUUUGCUGGAUUGACUGCUGAUGCUCGCAUCCUGAUCAACCGGGCUCAAAUAGAAUGCCAGUCUCAUAAACUGACUGUUGAAGAUCCUGUGACAUUAGAGUACAUCACAAGAUACAUUGCUGGCCUUAAACAAAAGUACACUCAGAGUAAUGGUCGUAGACCUUUUGGAAUUUCUUGUCUGAUUGGUGGCUUUGACUAUGAUGGAAAACCGCACUUAUUCCAAACAGAACCAUCUGGUAUUUUCUAUGAGUGGAAGGCGAAUGCAACAGGACGAUCUGCAAAGACUGUACGGGAGUUCUUAGAGAAGAACUACAACACGGAUGAGGUUGCCAAUGAGAAAGGUGCAGUAAAGCUUGCUAUCCGGGCUCUUUUGGAAGUUGUCCAGUCUGGCCAGAAGAACCUAGAGAUUGCUGUAAUGAGACGUGGAAAACCUAUUCAGAUGCUGGACGCAGAUACAAUCAACUCUUAUGUAUCAGUCAUUGAAAAAGAAAAGGAGGAGGAAGCUGAAAAGAAGAAGCAGAAGAAGUAAUAGAAAAAGCAUUUUUUCUUACUAUAUAUUAUUGGUUUCUAAGUAAAUAUAUUUGAAAAUAA